AUGACCGCGGCACCCACAGCUUCGAUGCGAACCAAGGCGCAGACCCUUUAUACCGCACGAUUCUACGAGACCCCGUCCUCGACCGAUACGUCUGGCUCCUCCAAGCAGACCGGGAAAGCUUAUCUCGAUCGCCUUUUCGAUAUCCACGCUGCGUUGCAGAAGGUGGACGAAGUCCCACGCUCCCGCCCAACCACACCUGAUUCCGAACGCGUCGAAUCGCUCGAGCAGCAAGUAAAGCUAGCUUACAAAGACGCCAACGGCAACCCUGCUUCGGGGAAAUGGGGCGUACUCGUCAAUCUCUUGCGAACUAGCUCUUCACGGGCCAAAUAUAAAUAUAUCGAAACUCAGGCAGAUGUACUGCCUCCAGAACCCGGUCCAGAGGGCUGGCCAGAACUGCCAGCCACGGAGGAGGAAUGGUUUGCAUGGGAAAAGAAACGCGAGGAAAGCAAGGCACUCCAGGCCAAAGUUGAGAGUUGGAAACAGGACAUCGACGUCGAUGCAUCCAUUCAUGUCAACGAUCCCCCCAGACCACCAAGCAAAAUCAAACCGCGUAGUAUCACGACUAUUCCGGAGACUGCAUAUUUCCCUCCCUCAUUCCCCUCCCACCUCGAAACGUCUACACCCCUUCCUGCAAAUCGGCGUCAACCAUCUCCAAUAGUGCUGGCACCCUCGUCGUCUCCUCUCGAACGAUAUACUUCGAAGCGUCCCCCUACCCCAAUUGCCGGUCCAUCCAAACCGGUAAUACAUCCACCACCACCGAGUCCUAAAGAUUCCUUGACCAAGCGCCAACGCUCGUCUUCGCCGAUUGAGCAAGACGAUGUACCGGCCAAAAAGGCUCGUAUAUCGUCAACUUCUCCCUCUGUCUCCCCUGCAUCGAAAAAGAUAGCCUAUCGCCAACCAGUAACGCCGCCCCGACCUCUACCGCAUCUAACAGACUUACUUGCGGCAUCAGAGAAGAAACGCAAGCUCCAGGAUAAAGGAAAAGCUAGAGAAAAGCCGAUAUCAUUUGCUUCUUCUAAACCAAAAUCUUUUCGCCGUUUUAAAACGACUCCGCCCAAGCUCGCGACCCAUGUCGAACCUGUGGAAGCCAGCGCAGAGGAAAUGGCAGAUAACAUGAUAAACUGGGAGGCCGCUGCAGAAGAACAACUAGCCCUGAUUCCUCCAGUGCCCUCACCUACAAAAUCACUUUCCUCAAUUGACGGUUCCAACUCAAUCGAGUCGCAAGACAGCCUGCCAAAGUAUGAUCCUCCGAAUGCCUCAACUCAGCCUCUCAGUAGGCUGGAAGCGGGCUCGAGUCUUGGUACCACUGAGCGUUAUCGUGGCUUUGGCCAGCCCCAGGAUUUUGGGUUUCCGAUACGCUACGAGUCGCAGAUGGACAUUGAAAGUAACAUGCAAGGGGUAGAUAAGCUGUUGGAUGAUGAUGUUGGUGGGUAUACGGGACCGUGGGGGGAAGAUGAUGAGCAAUGGGAUGCGAGAGCAGAUGUCCCUACGUCGAGUCCAUAA